AUGGCUACUGCGCUACAGCACCGGCACCGAGACUGCAAAGGGAUGGCCCUGCUGGGAGUCGUCCUGGGGGUCCUAUGGGAAGCCGGCUGCACCCAGAUCCGCUACUCCGUUUCCGAAGAACUGGAGAAAGGUUCCUUCGUGGGAAAUAUUUCCAAGGACUUGGGACUGAAGCCGCGGGAGCUGGCGGAACGCGGAGUCCGCAUCGUCUCCCAAGGUAGGGCGCAGCUGUUCGCUCUGAACGCGCGCAGCGGCAGCUUGGUCACGGCGGGUCGGCUAGACCGCGAGGAGCUCUGUAUGGGGGCUCUGAAGUGUCAGUUAAACCUAGAAAUUCUGAUGGAGGAUAAAGUGCAAAUAUACGGGGUUGAGGUACAGGUGAGGGAUAUUAACGACAAUGCCCCUUCCUUCCGAGAAGAGGAAUUGGAGAUAAAAAUGAGUGAGAACGCAGCCACGGGGAUGCGGUUCCCCCUUCCCCAUGCUUGGGAUCCGGAUAUCGGGGAGAACGCUCUCCAGAGCUACGAGCUAAGCCCCAACACUCAUUUCUCUCUGGACGUGCAAAACGGAGCGGAUGGUAACAAAUACCCAGAGUUGGUGCUGGAGCGCGCCCUGGACCGCGAGGAGCAGGCGGCUCACCACCUGAUCCUCAUUGCGCGCGACGGGGGCGAGCCUGUGCGCACGGGCACCGCGCGCAUCCGCGUGGUAGUCCUUGACGCGAACGACAAUGCGCCGGCGUUUGCUCGGCCCGAGUACCACGUGAGCGUUGCGGAGAACGUGGCUGUGGGCACGCAGCUGCUGCGCGUUAACGCCACGGACCCUGAUGAAGGCGCCAACGCGGAAGUGCUGUACUCCUUCCGCUACGUAGACGACAAAGCGGCGCAAGUUUUCAAGCUGGACGACCGCCUGGGGACGAUAUCAACUAUCGGGGAGCUGAACCACGAGGAAUCGGCUUUCUACGAGAUGGAAGUGCAAGCCAAGGACAACGCAGGCUACUCCGCCCGAGCCAAGGUCCUGGUCACGGUUCUGGACGUUAAUGACAACGCCCCCGAGGUAGUCGUCACCUCGCUCACCAGCUCCGUUCCGGAGAACUCUCCCCGAGGGACCUUAAUUGCCCUUUUAAACGUAAAUGACCAGGACUCUGGGGAGAAUGGGCAGGUGACCUGCUUCAUCCACGGGAAUCUGCCCUUUAAGUUGGAAAAAUCUUACGGGAACUACUAUAAUUUGGUCACAGACACAGUCUUGGACCGGGAACAGAUUGCCAACUACAAUAUCACGGUGACGGCUAAGGACCGCGGAAGUCCGCCCCUGUCCACAGAGACUCAUAUCGCCCUGACUGUGGCGGACGUCAAUGACAACGCACCGGUCUUCCCUCGGGAUUCCUACUCGGCCUACCUUCCAGAGAACAACGCCCGAGGAGCCUCUCUUCUCUCGGUGACCGCACACGAUCCUGACAGUGAUGAAAACGCCCAGGUCACUUACUCUCUGGUGGAGAGCGUGGUCCAGAAGGUUCCACUGUCUUCCUAUGUGUCCAUCAACUCGGACACAGGUGUCUUGUAUGCACUGCAAUCUUUUGACUAUGAGCAGUUCCGAGACCUGCAUCUGCAAGUGGUGGCACGUGACAGUGGGGACCCACCUCUCAGCAGCAAUGCCUCCCUCACCCUCUUUGUGCUGGACCAGAAUGACAAUGCCCCUGAGAUCCUCUACCCCACCCUCCCCACCGAUGGAUCCACAGGCGUGGAGCUGGCACCACGCUCCGCAGAACCUGGCUAUCUGGUGACCAAGGUGGUGGCAGUGGACAGGGACUCUGGCCAGAAUGCCUGGCUGUCCUACCGGCUGCUCAAGGCCAGCGAGCCAGGGCUGUUCUCUGUGGGGCUGCACACGGGCGAGGUGCGCACAGCACGGGCCCUGCUGGACAGAGAUGCACUGAAGCAGAGCCUGGUGGUGGCCGUCCAGGACCACGGGCAGCCGCCUCUCUCAGCCACUGUCACACUCACAGUGGCCGUGGCUGACAGCAUCCCCGCAGUGCUGGCUGACCUGGGCAGCCUCAAGCCUUCAGUGGAAGCUGAUGAGGCAGACCUGACUCUGUACCUGGUGGUGGCAGUGGCCACAGUGUCGUGUGUCUUCCUGGCCUUUGUGAUUGUGCUGCUGGCACUCAGGCUGAGGCGCUGGCACAAGUCGCGAUUGCUGCAGGCGUCAGGAGGAGGCGGGCUGUCGGGCGUGGCCGCGUCGCACUUGGUGGGCGUGGACGGGGUGCGUGCUUUCCUGCAGACCUAUUCUCAUGAGGUGUCCCUGACCGCGGACUCGCGGAGGAGCCACCUCAUCUUCCCUCAGCCCAACUAUGCAGACACACUGCUCAGCCAGGAGAGCUGUGGGAAAAGCGAGCCUCUUGUGCAAACAGGUGAUCUGGUGCUUUCUAAAGACAGCCAUGGGUCUCCUCAGGUAAGUCCAUAUUGAAU